AGAUGUUCCUGCUAUCUGUCACCGCGCUCUGCUAAUGAUUGUUGUGUCCGAGCGCCAUUCUUGCUCUGCAUUGAUCCACGUCUCCUGUUCAUCAGUGACCUCGGUGUCAAGGACAAGCUCACCUCAUACAGUUGUCACGCUUCGUGGCCUUUUUUGUUUGCAUUGUCAGCGCAUCGCGUCAAACGGAGCCCGCCGGCGAUUUAGACACAAGCGUGCACACAUGCUGCAAGGCAAUAGCAGUGUUGCCCUUUCUGGCGGCAACUGUGUGGCAUCUCUAGUUGAAUAAUAAAUACAGUGGAACUUGUUUGUGUCGACAACCCGUCGAUGUUGACCAAAUCAUCCAGUCCUGGUCCACCGUGUUCUUAUUAUUACUAAAAAGUGUCCGUUCAAGCCGAUCCUUAUGUCUCUGCCAAAAAUCACAAGUAAAUGUGGGAACAAGGAGUAUUUUUGAUUGUGUCGACAACCGCUUAUGUCAACUUUAGUCUGACAUGUCUACCACUGUAUAAAGGCCCUGUCACACCUUGAUGAUUUAGCCAGCGUACGCCAACGUAUGAAAAAUUUGGCCAAUACGCUGGCGUACGUCGAAUAAGUUGUGGGUAAGUUUUGUGUAAGUUAAGAGCACGCUGAAGCACGCCGGCAUAUGUCGUAGUACGUCCAAGUCGUCCAAAAAUUUUGUGCAUGCACAAAACUUUUCGACGUAUGUCAACGUAUUAUUCAUACGUCCCGCAUACGCGGGCAAUAAGUUAUGCGAUCGUUGACGCCCGUUCACACACGUUAUUUGUAAGUUACGCACAAGUCGUAAUACGUCAACAUACCUUGAGACAAACCGGUGUCUUCUUGACUCUCUUCUUGGCUAGGGUUGGCUAAGAGGAGAUGGAGAUAAAGUACAGAUAAAGUACAUUAUGCGACGCCUUGAAAGAUAUUUAUACUGCUACAUGCUUGACCAGUAGAGGGCACUGUGACACUGGGAAUGAACCUGCGUCAUCUCCAUCAGAGUGAGAGUGGGAGGGGGAGGCUGCGGGUGGUGAUGGAUCCCUCUGCCCUGAUACUUCUUGGCAGCGGUCUUCGAAAUUUUCUUUGGCAUGAUGGUGAUGUUGACACUGCGAUGUCUAGUGAGGUGAGUCAUCAAGUGGCAGUCUUUUUAUAGGCUAUGGCACGUCAUCGUCGACCAUAUGCUGCCGUGCGGUUUGCAUAAGUUAGACUGGCGUUGGGCAUAAGUUGUGAACGCCGGCAACACGCUACGCAUUCGUUGGUGUAAGUUGUCUAUAAGUUAUAGAAACGUUCUAUAUAAGCUACUAAUACGUCAUGUAUACGUCCAACUUGUUAUGAAUAUGCUAUGUAUACGCCCAAAAUGGAAAAAAACGUUGGCAGUUCAAAGUAUGCCAUCAAAAUGAUCACGUCAGGCAUGCGCCACCUAAAUCAACAAGGUGUGACAGGGCCCUAAGAUUGUACGGUUCCCAUAUGUUGGGGGAAGUUCUUACUAUUUUAUGAGCAGAAUAUGCACAAGCUGCACUGUAAUAUAAAUGGCAAUUGCUAUCGAUUGUUACAAUAAUUAAAACGCGAUCGUGACUUUUUGUUAACUGUAAUUAGUGACAUAGUAACAUACACUCCUGAUCAAAAUGUUAAGACCCAUUGAAAAAUGUACAUUUUGCACUGUUGAAUCUUAAGGAGCUUCUAAAGAGCUUCAAAAUGCAAAAGAAGAAAUGGGAGUGAGACACAAUAUUUUUUGAGUAAGCAAGUUAUUGCAAGCAAGCAUUAACGUGAAAUAAGCAGUUGAUCAGCUGAUCAAAAGGUUAAGACCGUAGCUCAGAAAUACCCAAACCCCCCCAAAACAGAAAUUAAAUGUUCAGAAAAGACUCAGUAAUGAGUCUUGUUAAUCCCCUCAAAAAUUGUUUUGGACAUGCUUGAUGCCGGCCGCACGGUAGCCAAGUGGUUAGCAUGUUGGCCACACAGUCAGGAGAUCGGGAAAACCUAGGUUCGAAUCGCCGCUUGGAGUUUGCAUGUUCUCCCCGUGCAUGCAUGGUUUUUCUCCGGUUUCCUCCCACAUUCCAAAAUGAUGCAUGGGAGUGUGAAUGAUUGUUUGCCUUUAUGUGCCCUGUGAUUGGGUCCAGGGUGUACCCCGCCUCUCGCCCGAAGUCAGCAUACCCCCGCGACCCUAAUGAGAAAAAGCGGCAUAGAAAAUGGAUGGAUGCUUGAUGGCAGUGUUUCCAGGAAGCUAGUGGGAAUGUUGUAAACUUCCAUUGCCAUCCAACCCCAAUUGUUCUCAAUUGGAUGUAGAUCAGGGGGCUUAUUGAGCUUAUAUGAGCUUUUUCCUCUGGAAGAAGUCCUUUGUCAGGGGGGCAUUGUGAAGUGCAGCGUUGUCCUGUUGAAAAAGCAGUCAUUACCACACAGACGAGGGCCUUCAGUCACCAGGGAUGCCCCCUGCAAUAUCUCCACAUAGCCAACUGACGUUUGACGCCCCUGCACAACCUGAAGCUCCAUUGUUCCAUUGAAGGAACAGCACCCCAGAUCAUGGUGGCGCUCCCUCCACUGUGGAGUGUGGGAAACAUCUCAAGUGGGAUCUCCUUGUCAUGCCAGUAACGUUGGAAGCCAUCAGGACCAUCAUGGUUACAUUUUUUCUCAUCAUAGAAUAAAACUUUCUUCCACUUCACAAAGUCCCAUGUUUGGUGCUCCUGCGAUUGGCUGGCGACCAGUCCAGGGUGUACCCCGCCUCUUGCCCAAAGUCAGCUGGGAUAGGCUCCAGCAUACCCGCGACCUUACUGAGGAUAAGCGGCAUAGAAGAUGGAUGGAUGGAUGGAUGUUUGGUGCUCUUGUGCAUAUUCCAAACGUGCAGAUUUGUGGCGUUGAAGGAGAUGCGGCCUUUGAAAACGUUUUUUCCUCUUAAAACCCUUCUGUGACAGAUGUCGUCUGAUGGUUAUUGCACUGCACUCCAGUAACAACCUUCAUUUGGGCGGGGAUUGUCCCGUGUCUUGAUGGACAGCCAUUCGGCCAAUGAACCACUUUACAUUUUUCCUCCAUAACCCUCAGGAUCUUUGAGGAAGUUUUAAAUGACUGUCUUACUGUGUCCAAUCUCAGCAGCAAUUGUGCGCUAUGAGAAGCCUUGCUUAUGCAGCUCAACAAUCCGACCAAAAGAGAGAAAGCUUUUUUUCCUUUGCCAUCAACAGAUCACGAUAGUGUGCAUACCUGACAGAAAAUGACAUUCAUUUCACGUUUUAAAGUCUGCGGUCUUAAACUUUUGCAACUUUAGCUGAUGAACAGUCAAUUUCAUUUUUAAUGGUUGCAAUAAAUCGCAUACUCAAAAAUUUUUUUGUUUCACUCCCGUUUCUUCUUUUUGCAUUUUGAAGCUCUACUUAGAACCUACGUAAGAUCCAACAGUGCAAAGUGUAAAUUCUUGUAAUUUUUUAAACUGGUCUUAAAAAUUGUAUAUUUCAUUAAUUUGUGCAAAAAAUAUACUUGUAUUAUUUCAUAUUACACUAAGUCCCCAACUUACGAACAUCCGACUAGCGAACAUUCGGAGAUACGAAUACAAGCCGACUGGUCUAUAUUUUCAUGUGUUUUGCCUUAUAAGUCCAUAUUUCACAUGCUUGACCAGUAGAGGGCACUGUGACACUGCUAAUAGGACCAACAGGUGAUGAAGAGGGGGGGAGACAUGAAGAAAAGCUAAGUUGUAGCUGUACGAUGCAACCCGCACAGUUUGUUAUUAAAGUUAUGAAGAGUUAAUAGGCCUGCUUAAUUCUACACCACCCACAGAACACUACCUCUUUUAGAAGACUCUAACGACGACGGCGAUUUGUCCUUUUUUUCCCAAUAUCUCCUCCUCCACCACCACUACCAACGAUGUAUGCUCGACCACUCCUCUUCAAAGAAGCAGGAUGAAGGCGUAGUUCUGUUGGACCAAGUGUGUGACCACCUGGGUCUGCAAGAGAGACAGCUCUUCAGUCUGCAGAUCAGAGAGUCCAGCACAGCCGUCCCUUCAAUCACAGCCAACACACACUCGCCUAGAUGGCUGGAGCCUGAGAAACCAUUGAAGAAGCAGAUAAAAGGUCUCGCAUAUCCCAUUUACCUAAACUUCAGAGUGCGCUUCUUCAUUUCUGACCCCAACUCUCUGCAACACGAACAGACAAGGCACCUUUACUUCCUCCAGAUCAGGAGUGAUAUUAAAGAGGGCAGGUUGCAGUGCCCAUUGAGUGCAGCUGUAGUGUUGGCCUCUUAUGCCGUGCAGUCUGAGCUGGGGGAUCACUGCCCAUCCCAGAAAAGUGGUUACUUGUCAAAAUGCCACUUUAUCCCUGAGCAGGAUGACGACUUCCUGUCCAAAGUGGAAGAUCUACAUCCACAACAUAAGGGCCUGAAGCAAAGUGAGGCUGAGUUGUGUUUCCUCAACACAGCGCGAACAUUGGAACUGUACGGAGUAGAGCUGCACACCGCCCUGGACACCAACAAUGCCCUUCUAAUGGUGGGCUUGGCAUCGAGUGGUGUUGCAAUAUUCUGUAAUAUGAUUUGCUCCAGUUUUUUUCCCUGGGCCAAUAUAAUCAAGAUUUCAUUUAAGCGGAAGCGCUUCCUUAUACAUCUCAAACGAAAACAUGGGGAGACCCAAGACUGUGUGGUGUCGCUGGUCCUGCCCUGUCCAAAGACCUGUAAGAAUCUGUGGCGCUCCUGUGUGGACCAUCACUCCUUUUUCAGCUGCAACCGGACCGCCAGGAGCCCCAAGCACAACAACAGUACAGUUCAUUCCUACAGGAAGUUGAUAACACAUCACCUGGGCUUGGCAAACAGUAAAAAUGAAAGUGGUGCAGUGUGCCAACGCGUCGUAGGCGGGAUGGUGUGGAACCCCGUCCUGCGGAGAUCCAUUUCAUCUGAAUAUUUGGAGACCAAAAGCCUUCCGUCCAGAUCGCCCCCCAACACCCCCAACUGGCGGAGUCCUCGCGUUCGCCAUGGCAUCCGCAAAAUCCGCCCAUCGUCCAUGGAGCUGAGCGGCGAACUAAAAGACAUGUGUGAGGGGGAGGACGUCUUCUACACAUACAGGACGUCCGUCAGCAGCAGCAAGGGCAGCGAGGGAGAUGCUUCACUGCAUCAACUCUCCGGACUGUAUAGCCAAGGCAUGGACGAGGUCUUACAAGCUGAUGACAGUACAGCAGAGGAGGAUGGAGUCAACAGCUCUGUGUACAACAAGGCCCUAUGCGAUGGCGACCUGCUGCUAAUCCGCAUUGCUCCUGAUCAUGAGGGCAAGUUUGGCUUUAAUGUUAAAGGUGGAGUGGAUCAGAAGAUGCCUCUAUCCAUAUCCCAAGUUAAACCUGACUCUCCGGCCGGCCGAUGUGAGCCCAAACUGCUGGAGGGAGACCAGGUGGUGCUCAUCAAUGGUCGAGACAUUUCUGAACACACACACGACCAGGUGGUCAUGUUCAUACGGGCCAGCAGAGAGUCGCACUCACGAGAGCUGGCCCUUCUCAUCAAACGCAAAGGUCCUGGCCGAGUGGCGGCACUGCUCCAGCUGCCUCCCGCCCUCACCCUCACCAGCCACUCCCAAGGAGACGGGCCACAGUCACCUGGCCAGUCGAAGCCGGUCACCACGUUGGACGAAUCGAUGCGACAGCUGGAGAGAGGGAUUCAGUCCGGCACUCUGUGCUUCCACUUUGAGAAUUUAUACAAGAGGAAGCCCGGCCUGUCCCUUUGCUGCGCUCGACUUCCAGAGAACAUGGAGAAGAAUCGCUAUCGGGACAUUUUACCCUAUGACGCCACCAGAGUCACUCUCCAGGGCCAGGAGGACUACAUCAACGCCAGUCACAUCACGUUGGCGCCUCCGGUGUCUGGUGUGUGUUUACGUUACGUUGCAGCUCAGGGUCCAUUGCCACAGACCUGCAGUCACUUUUGGCAGACUGUUUGGGAGCAACAGUCUCACACCAUCAUCAUGCUUACAACUCUGACAGAGAGGGGGCGGACCAAGUGCCACCAGUACUGGCCGCAUCCGCCUGAAGUGAAGGAUUACGGCCACAUGCGGGUGAAGUGUCACUCUGAGGAGUGUAACCUGGCGUACGUGACGCGGCAGUUCACCCUCACGCACACUCAGCGGGGUGAGGAGCGUGCAGUCACACACCUGCAGUACGUGGCGUGGCCCGACCACGGUGUACCCGACGACCCUUCCGACUUCUUGCUGUUCGUCAGCUCGGUCAGGGAGAGGAGACAAGCUGAAGAGCCUCUCAUGGUGCACUGCAGCGCCGGGAUCGGACGGACAGGUGUUUUGAUCACCAUGGAGACGGCUCUGACGCUGUUGGAUAGGGGGAUGCCGGUGUUCCCGCUGGACAUUGUCAAAACACUGAGAGAUCAGCGAGCCAUGAUGGUUCAGACCACGUGUCAGUACCAGUUUGUUUGUGAGGCUGUCCUGCGAGUCUACAAAGAGAAGCAAGGGGGAUCUCCGGCCUCAUAGAGCCAAAAUCAGAAACAGCACCAGAGGAAAUUGAGCCUCAUAAUUUCCACUCAAGUGACUCCCACUGAGAGGGCUGACAAGCACCACAAGAGAUUAACCUCUGUCGGGCCUGCGGGGCCGCUUGCGCAGUCUGGAUGAGAAUUAUGUAUCGUCCAAAGCACAGCUGGAUGUGAGCUAUGUAGCCAAGAUCAAAUAGGACACUUUGAAUCUUUACACUCGUCUGCCUUAUUAGAUUCUGCAAUAAGCUUGUACAGUACAGGAGACAAAAAUACAAGAUGGAUGCUGCUAAACUCUGAGGUGAACUUGUUCAAAGUUUGUCAGGCAAGAGAUGGAAGAGGGCAGUGGGAUAGUUCUAAUAUAAUGUAUAAAUUAAAUGUGAGUUUUAGCAGAAGAGCCUGGCUUGAGAUCACUACAGAAGAUACUGUGUGGGGUACUGUGGUGUUGCUGACCGCCUGUGGAGCAGCACCCACUUUUCACAUAAAUUAUUCUCAUAAUAAAAAAAAAAC